CCCCCCCGCUGCAGAGCGCAGCGCGGGUCCCCCGCCCGGUGCAGCCGCUGACUCAACCCGCUGAGGAGGUGGGGGGCGGGGAGACGAGGAGGGGCCGGGCCAGCCCCCGGGGCCGCUCAUUAUCCCCCGUUGUUUGUUGUGGUGGUGGUGGAAAGACAAGGGGCCGGCGCGGCAGGGCUGGGGGGCCGGCGAGCGGCAGGUUAAGCGGCCGCAGCUGCCCGCUGCAAGGACUGCAUGACUCCCGCAGCCUCUCCUCGCUGCAGCCCGCCCCCUUCCCAGAUCCAGAGGCUGCUGGAGGGGAGGGAGGUGCCGGUGCGUGGACGAGGAAGGGCCCUGCAGGAAUCCUCGUCCUCGACGUGCAGCUUGGCUGGAAAUCCCCCUCCCCAGGAUCCCCGUCUGCAGACGCUGCCGGUGGCUUCUGGUCGCUGGAGAAGCGGGAGGUCUCUGCUACUCUACUCCCCAUGUCGGGCAUUUUUUUUUGUAUUCGCCUGCCUGUGAACAGCUCCAGUACCUGCUGCUGCUAGAUCCCGAAGUGAGAAGUUUUUUUUAUGUAAACUGACGAGAGAGAGAGAGACACAAUGGCAAGUUCAGCCAGAGAACAUCUGCUUUUUGUGCGACGACGUAAUCCUCAGCUACGGUAUACUCUGAGCCCAGAGAACCUGCAGAGUCUGGCAUCUCAGGGCACCAUACCUGAGAACAUGAACUUACAGCGUGCCAACAGUGACACUGAUCUAGUGACCUCUGACAGCCGCUCUAGUUUGACAGCAAGUAUCUAUGAAUACACCCUAGGGCAAUCUCAGAACCUCAUUAUUUUCUGGGAUAUUAAAGAAGAAGUUGACCCAACAGACUGGAUAGGACUUUAUCAUAUAGAUGAGAAUUCUCCUGCCAAUUUCUGGGAUUCCAAGAACCGCGGAGUGACGGGCACGCAAAAAGGACAAAUCAUAUGGCGAAUUGAACCUGGCCCCUAUUUUAUGGAACCUGAAAUAAAGAUCUGUUUUAAAUACUACCAUGGUAUUAGUGGAGCCCUGCGAGCUACUACCCCAUGUAUCACUGUGAAAAACCCUGCUGUGAUGAUGGGGGUGGAUGGCAUGGAUGAAGGUGCUUCUGCAACUCAACAAUCUCGGAAACUAGUCAGCUUUGAAUUAUCAGAUAUUAGAGCAGUUGGGCUUAAAAAAGGGAUGUUCUUCAAUCCUGAUCCUUACCUAAAGAUGUCCAUUCAGCCAGGAAAGAAAAGCACGUUUCCUACAUUUGUCCAUCAUGGUCAGGAAAAACGGUCUACUAUCAUCAGUAACACAACUAAUCCUGUUUGGCACAGAGAGAAAUAUUCUUUUGUUGCACUUCUAACAGACGUCUUGGAAAUUGAAAUUAAAGACAAAUUUGCCAAGAGUCGUCCUAUCAUCAAGCGCUUUCUUGGGAAGUUAACAAUACCAGUCCAGAGACUAUUGGAGAGGCAUGCAAUAGGAGACCAGAUUCUCAGCUAUAACCUCGGCAGAAGGCUCCCAGCUGACCAUGUAAGUGGGUAUCUCCAAUUCAAAGUCGAGAUUACAUCUUCCAUUCAUGAAGAUGCUUCACCCGAAACAGUUGGUACUUUGCUAGGAGUGAACUCUGUGAAUGGAGACUUAGGAAGCCCUUCUGAUGAUGAGGACUUGCCAGCAGGGAACCAUGACGCACUUCCAGUUUGUUUAAAUGGCCCAAUCCUUGAGGAAUCUGUUGGAAAUGCAGUCUCUACGCAUUCUUUAAGGACUAGUACAACUCUAGAAAUGGACCAGGAGGAGUUAACCUCUACUGCUGCAAGGUCAUCACCUAACAGAGGUCGCCAGGACUCACUGAAUGACUAUCUGGAUGCAAUAGAACACAAUAGUCAUCCCAGACCUGGGACAUCUGCCUGCAGUGAGCGUUCACUUGGGGCAUCCCCGAAACUAAGGAGUAGUUUUCCUACUGACACGAGACUUAAUGCAAUGCUUCACAUUGACUCGGAUGAAGAGGAGCAUGAGUUGCAUAAAGAUCUGGGUUUUCAGUCUUCCUUGGAAGAAGAUGGUGGUUUAGUAAUGUUUAAUGGUGCUACAAGGGGUGUUGAAGGAAAUUUUUUAAGUUACUCAUCAUCAAAUCAGAUAAUGCAAGGUCUUGCAGAGGAUGGGAAAGCACCAGCCCUCGAAACUCCUUUGCAGCCCUCUGAUGACCAGCAGGAGACCCUCCAAGGGCUUCCACCAUCAGAGUUAGCAGGAGAAGAAGGUGAAGGCCAGCCAGAUUCUCAGAACAAUCUGUCGGUAGAAUGGGCUAGCAGUGAAUUGGGUGCCUGUCAGGUGGCAGAGCAGCCUACUAGCAGUGCAGACACGGGAGCUUCAGACUCUGCAGUUGGUAGCAGAAGAGGUAUUAGUGAAAUGGAAUCCAUUGACCAAGGAUCUGAACCUUCCCAGGUAUCCUCAGAAACUGAGCACAGCGAUCCUGCUCGCACAGAAAGUGUCAGUGAGGCCAGUACCAGGCCAGAAGGAGAGAGUGAUGUGGAAGGGGCGGACAGUUCCUGCAAUGAAAGUGUGACUACACGUCUCUCCUCAGUUGAAACUCGGUGUUCUUCUUUUGAAAGUGCCAGGUUUUCUGAGACUCCUGCCUUUUCUUCUCAGGAAGAGGAAGAGGGAGCUUGUGCCACCCAUGUGACCAGAAGUGAGCCUGCUACAGAAACACAGGACUCUGUAUGCACUCCUGGCUCUUUACCUGCGGUGCGGUUACCCAGCACUCAAGAGGAGGCUCGGCAGCUAGCUGAAGGAGGUGAAUUACAGGAUAGAGAUGACUCCGAAGAAAUUUGGCAGAGGAGGAGUCUGCAGGCUGCAGCAGCAAGUAGCCAGUGUCAGGAUGAAGAAACUGGAGGGGCCCAAGCUGCUUGCGAGGAGGGAGCUACACAAGUUGAAGGAGCUAGUGGAGGUUCCCAAGCCAAUGGCCACCAGACUUUGAGGUCUCUACCUUCAGUACGUCAGGAUGCUAGCCGAUAUCAGAGAGUGGAUGAGGCUCUGCCACCAAACUGGGAGGCCCGAAUCGACAGCCAUGGGAGGAUAUUCUACGUGGAUCAUGUAAACAGAACAACAACAUGGCAGCGACCCACAGCUCCUCCAGCCCCACAGAUCCUCCAGAGGUCAAAUUCUAUACAGCAGAUGGAGCAGCUGAAUCGUCGAUAUCAGAGUAUUCGUCGAACGAUGACUAAUGAUAGGCCUGAAGAGCACCCACAUGCCAUUGAUGGAGCUGGAGAGGAUACUGACUUCCAUCAUUCUAAUGCAGAUUUUCGAAGGGAGAAUGUGCUGCCUCACUCUACCUCCAGAUCCAGGCUUACUUUAUUGCUGCAGUCUCCUCCGGUGAAAUUCCUUAUCAGUCCAGAGUUCUUUACAGUGCUGCAUUCUAACCCUAGUGCCUACCGCAUGUUUACAAACAACACGUGUUUGAAGCACAUGAUCACCAAAGUCCGGCGGGACACCCACCAUUUUGAGCGUUACCAGCAUAAUCGAGAUUUGGUGGGCUUCCUCAAUAUGUUUGCUAACAAACAGCUGGAGCUGCCGAGAGGUUGGGAAAUGAAGCAUGACCAUCAGGGCAAGGCUUUUUUUGUUGACCACAAUUCCCGCACCACUACGUUCAUUGACCCACGGCUUCCCUUGCAGAGUAGCAGGCCCACUAGUGCAUUAGUGCAUCGACAGCACUUAACCAGACAGCGCAGCCACAGUGCUGGUGAGGUAGGAGAGGAUUCCCGUCAUUCAGGACCACCAGUUCUACCAAGACCGUCCAGCACGUUUAAUACAGUCAGCAGGGCUCAGUACCAGGACAUGGUUCCAGUGGCCUACAACGACAAGAUUGUCGCAUUUCUGCGACAGCCCAAUAUCUUUGAAAUUCUACAAGAGCGUCAACCAGAUCUUACCAGGAAUCAUUCACUCAGGGAGAAGAUCCAGUUUAUCCGAACAGAGGGAACACCUGGACUAGUGCGUCUAUCCAGUGAUGCAGACCUUGUCAUGUUACUAAGUUUGUUCGAAGAAGAAAUAAUGUCAUACGUGCCGCCACAUGCCUUACUUCAUCCCAGUUAUUGCCAGUCCCCAAGAGGUUCUCCAGUAUCCUCACCUCAGAACUCUCCAGGUACUCAGCGUGCUAAUGCCAGAGCUCCAGCUCCUUAUAAAAGAGAUUUUGAAGCCAAACUGAGGAACUUCUACAGGAAGCUGGAGACUAAAGGAUAUGGACAAGGGCCAGGGAAAUUAAAAUUAAUCAUCAGGAGAGACCACUUGCUGGAAGAUGCCUUCAAUCAGAUUAUGGGUUACUCAAGAAAAGACCUGCAGAGAAAUAAACUCUAUGUCACGUUUGUUGGGGAGGAAGGGUUGGAUUACAGUGGACCUUCAAGAGAGUUUUUUUUCCUGGUGUCCAGAGAGCUUUUCAAUCCAUAUUAUGGUUUAUUUGAAUAUUCAGCCAAUGAUACCUACACAGUACAAAUAAGUCCCAUGUCUGCUUUUGUAGACAAUCACCAUGAAUGGUUUAGGUUCAGUGGUCGAAUCCUUGGUCUUGCUCUGAUUCAUCAGUAUUUGUUAGAUGCCUUCUUUACACGGCCCUUUUAUAAAGCCCUCCUCAGAAUACUCUGUGACCUGAGUGACUUGGAAUACCUUGAUGAGGAGUUCCACCAGAGUUUGCAGUGGAUGAAAGACAACGAUAUACAUGAUAUCCUAGAUCUCACAUUCACUGUAAAUGAAGAAGUUUUUGGGCAGAUCACUGAACGGGAACUGAAACCAGGGGGUGCCAACAUCCCAGUCACAGAGAAGAACAAGAAAGAAUACAUAGAGAGAAUGGUGAAAUGGAGAAUUGAGAGAGGGGUUGUGCAGCAAACAGAAAGUCUAGUUCGAGGUUUCUACGAGGUUGUUGACGCUAGGCUGGUGUCUGUAUUUGAUGCAAGAGAAUUGGAACUGGUUAUUGCUGGCACAGCAGAAAUUGACUUAAGUGACUGGAGAAACAACACAGAGUAUAGAGGAGGUUACCAUGACAAUCACAUUGUAAUUCGGUGGUUCUGGGCUGCUGUAGAAAGAUUCAACAAUGAACAACGGCUAAGGCUAUUACAGUUUGUUACAGGCACAUCCAGCAUACCUUAUGAGGGGUUUGCAUCUCUAAGAGGGAGCAAUGGGCCAAGAAGAUUCUGUGUAGAAAAAUGGGGGAAAAUCACUGCUCUUCCCAGGGCUCAUACGUGUUUCAAUCGUCUUGACCUUCCCCCUUACCCAUCAUUCUCCAUGCUCUGUGAGAAACUGUUGACAGCAGUUGAAGAGACAAGUACCUUUGGACUUGAGUGAUACGAAAACCAUAGUGCCCAGCUCUUUGGACGUUUGUGGAUCUGUCCUCUUAAGAACGAAUGAACAUUUGUAUUGGAUUUCUUAGAGGAAAAUUGUUUUACAAUACAAUUCAAAUAAUGAGAUUUCUAUGAAUGAGUAAAUCUAGCUUCGGAAGCAGUUACAAGCAUUGUGGUAGUGGCGGAGUACUCUACAGUAAUACUGGAGUGUGCCUGGUGUGCAGGGAAAACCAACAGUCUUGCAAUAAACAGUUUUUCUUGACUGCCAUGUUUGUUAUGGCCCAAGCAAAGGAUGUGACCAUGCAUGAUCAGCAAGGUGGCUACUGCAAAAUCUGACAAGUAUCUUGAAACUGGAUUUCACCAAAGUCCUUGAAUGUAAAGUUCAAGUCAAAAUGUGAAAUCGUUCAGCCCACCCCUAAAUUCGCUAAAAUCAAACUAUGGAAAUCUUUAAAAAAAAAAAAAAAAAAAAAAGUUUCCUAAAGAUAGGUUACUUUAUGCCAUAUACUAUAACAGAAAAUCCAUUACUUGCUAUACCUAAGACUACGAGUGCCUGCAUGGUGUGCACCAUAGAUUUCAGCUUCCUGGGGCAGAAGUGAAUUUGAAGGAAAAUCAGCAGUAAGGGAUGUCACAACAAUAGCUUGCAAUAAGGAGGUUUGUGAAAAUGUAUAUGCAAGUGCUGUGUGUAUGGCAAAUGAUGAGCUAUUAUAAGGAGAACUUAAUAAUGUCUGAUUUUAUGCUUUGUACUGCAUGGAAACUGUUUUAAAAAAUAAGUAUCAAUUUAUCACAGCAUAUCAGGAAAAAGAAACUUACACAGUGACUUCUGUUUAUUUUUAUAGGUUCAUUAUGUUAAGUUCCUCAGAGUGUAAAUAAGAAACUAGCAAACUAAAUACUAUUUCUGUUCAUUUCACUUUUCAUGCAUUUACAGACAUUAUGCUAGUGUUUUAUUCUUUAAGCAC